GACAGGCAGAUCUGUGCAUGCAAGUGUCUGUACCAUAGGGCUUAGACCUUCAUGCUAUUGUCUGGCCAAAGCCCCAAGCUGGAUUCUGUGGACACUUUCUCUGCUUGAAUCCUUCAAGACACAAUUCUCUAGGAUCCUGAGUCCCCUGGAUUUUGAUGUCUGGUUAUCCAGUCUACUUUCUCUUGUCUCCGUCAUUGGCAUUCUGUCUAUUUGGAGAGAAGCACUCAAACCCUGAACCAGAAUAGUUGUUUUUUUUGCACAAUUAAUUGCGUUUUAUAUCUAAUCAAGUCCAACCGUUGAUUUGACACCAUGGAUAUUGGUGGUCUUACAACAGUGGUAGCCAACUCGGCAUACAUCUCAGCUCGUGGAAGCUUUGAUGGCUCAGCAAACCCAUCAGCAAAUCGAGACAAGAAGUACCAUGCCAAACUGAAACUGCCUCACAUCACAGUAUGUGAGGGCCUCAGAGAGACACUGGACCUCCAGUUCAACAACAUCUGUGUCGAGCAACCCAUUGGUAAGCGCCUGUUCCAGGAAUACCUAGAAACAACUAACGAGUACAAGGGUCCCUCUCGCCUGUGGAAGGAUGUGGAGGAAUAUGACACCGCUGAGGACAAGGACCGUGUCAGUAAGGCUGCCAAGAUCCUACAACGCUACAUGGACCCUGCAGCCAAGUACUUCGUUCCCUUUCUGCCUGAAAACGACAUCACCAAGGUGAAAGAGCGGCAUGAGAACGCUUCAGAUGACUUAUUUGUUAACAUUCUAGCCUGCGUUCUUGAUUUCCUAAGGGAGGUCCCAUAUACCUUCUACCUGGAGACCAUGUACUUCAAGAGGUUUCUACAAUGGAAGUGGCUGGAGAUGCAGCCCCUUGGCGAGGACUGGUUCCUGGACUUCCGUGUGCUUGGCAAGGGUGGCUUUGGCGAGGUGUUCGCCUGCCAGAUGAGGGCCACAGGAAAGAUGUAUGCUUGCAAGAAGUUGAGUAAAAAAAGGCUUAAGAAAAGGAAAGGCUACGAGGGUGCCAUGGUGGAGAAAAGGAUUCUGGCUCGUGUUCAUAGUAGAUUCAUUGUUUCCCUGGCCUACGCUUUCCAGACCAAAACAGAACUUUGUCUGGUCAUGACCAUCAUGAAUGGAGGAGACCUGAGGUACCACAUUUAUAAUGUAGAUGAGAAUAAUCCAGGCUUUGAUGAGCCUAGGACAUGCUAUUAUGCAGCUCAGAUUAUUCAAGGGUUGGAGCACCUUCAUAAGAAGAGAAUCAUCUACAGAGACCUGAAGCCAGAAAAUGUUCUUCUUGACAAUGAAGGUAAUGUGCGUAUCUCUGACCUUGGCUUGGCUGUGGAGUUAGCAGACGGCCAGGAGAAGACUAAAGGCUACGCUGGAACUCCGGGAUUCAUGGCUCCUGAGCUGCUGAAAGGAGAAGAGUAUGACUACUCUGUAGAUUAUUUUACUCUUGGAGUCACUAUCUAUGAGUUCAUUGCUGCCAAAGGCCCCUUCAGGACUCGAGGCGAGAAGGUGGAGAAUAAAGAGGUGAAGAAGCGGAUCCUGAAUGAUCCAGUAACCUACACAGAGAAGUUCAGUGAGAAUGCAAAGUCCAUAUGUGAAGCCUUGCUAGCUAAGGAAGUGGACAAGAGGAUUGGCUUCAAGAAUGGGUCUUGCGAGGAGUUGCGUGCACACCCUUUCUUCAGCAACCUAAACUGGAGGAAGUUGGAUGCAGGGAUUUUGCCACCUCCAUUUGUCCCUGAUUCGAAGACUGUGUAUGCCAAGGACCUUGAUGAUGUGGGUGCUUUCUCUACUGUGAAAGGGAUCAACCUGGAAGAUGUGGAUAAGGAGUUUUUUGAUGAGUUCGCAUCUGGAAAUAUCUCCAUACCCUGGCAGGAGGAGAUGAUCGAGACAGGAAUCUUUGGCGAGUUAAAUGUGUGGGGUCGUGGCGGCACACUUCCCAAUGAUCUACGACGGGAGUCUAUCCUGGAGCAGCCUCCGAAGUCUUCCACUUGUACCAUAUCAUAAACGUUUACCAUAAAAAGAGAACUUUUUCCCCUUUCCAUAUUGCUCUCUGAUUGGGUUGAUGCUUGGACAUAAAGAGAUUCAGGAAUGGCCAGCAGGAUGAAGUUAUUUUAUCAAGUAAAAAUGGACUGCAGAGCAGCGUUUAAAAAGCAUUAACUUAUUAAUACCAGCUUCGAACAGAUGAAAGAAACGAAUUGGUGGUUUACAUUGAUGAGUAAAUCUUUGCCAUAGCGCUGUUGAAUUUUUUAUUCUGUUUGGUGAAAAAGUUUCAGUUACAGUUCAAGGCAAUUUUCAGGUUCUAUUUCAGCCCCAUCAGGGGCAGUAUCUAACACCUACAGAGAUAUCCUCUUGUACACAUGCUCACAUAUACCUUCAACAAGUGAUGUAGCAUUAGCAUGUUCUACUCAAUGUAUUUUCUUGUUUAGAAAACAAAUGCGUCUUCUGUCCUAUUUUAGCCCGAUUGGUUCCUGUAAGUCCUUACUUUUUGGAUGGACGAAUGUUGUUCAUUGCAUGUAGCCAAACAACUAGUCAGUAGAACUUGCAUCACAUCAUGUCACAUAUAUGACAGCAUUACACUUGUCACCAGUAUGCUACUGUACAUGGCAACCCAGUUGUUUAUUUUAUUUUCUGCUUGCAUUGUCAACUGCAGCCAAAGCAGUUGUCCCUUAUGGGCCCGUUGGAACUGAGGGGUUGUCAGAAGACAGGGCAUGUGGCUGAAUCCCUGGCUCUAUUAACAGACACAUUUUUCCAUCAGUGAAAUUGUGAAGCCUUUCACAUAAAAGUCAUAUGCCUGGAGAGGUUCUCCAUCUGAAUGAGAUGGUCACCAUGGACCAGUGUGUUAUCACAGAAGGCAUAUGAACCCUCAAUAUGAAGUCAGAACACAUUAACCUUCUGACUCUUGCGACCUUGUAAAUUGUUCUGUGACACCGUCUACUUGCACAAUGCAGCGUAUCACGACAAUAGUGCAGGCGACACUGUUGAGGCAGCACAAAUACCCGUGAGUAGUGCUAGCACCCAGAGGUGGUGCACAGAUCUGAGGAAAUUUAGGCAGAGUGAAAAGGUUCCUCAGGAUGCAUGACAAAUUGCACAUUCCUACCCCCCAUUGCUGAUCUGAUCCUGGUUUAAGCAGUCAACCCACACAGUUCUGAUCAGGGCACCACAAUGGCCAAUGAAACCGUGGUUUUCACUGCGGCUCGUGCUAGUGAUUGGGACACCCUUGUAACACCAUGACCAUGACGCAGAUGUCUCAGAUGUAGCCCUCCCAGCCAGGUCAGCCAGGUAAAAACUGUUCCAGAAAUGCUGUUUGUCCUGUCAGUUGUUGCUCAAUGCUUCCAGUAGGUAAGUCAGAUUCAGAUGUUAGCCACCAUGCCUGGCAGUUAAAAGGGGUGAUUCUGUGGAAAAGUGAUCAUCUUCUGUGGUCAUCCAGUAGCCACUUAGACUCUCAGACCAAUCGACCUAGGGUGCAUGUGUUUAUUGUAAAUACUACAUCACUGUCAGUGUCAUGUCGCUGUCAUGUUUAUUACUCAUGCACCUAUUAUAAUACAUCCUAUAGUAACAUCUCAUUCACAGGGACUUUUUCAUUCACAGGGGAAGAACCGCAACAUAAUCUAAUACUAACAAUAAACAAACUGAAUCACUAUGUUGCUAUAUGACAAGGAAAAAAUGUUUAUAACUGCGCUAAUAUAGUGGUAACAGGGAUUAACUUGUCUCACAGCAAUUAAUGUAAUUCUUGUCAUUCUUGGUGAAAUGCUGUGGUGUGAGAGGAAUAAAACGCUUCAAGAUGUGCUGUUAUUUGAUGUGACGCUUAUGUGACGUGGCCCGAUAUGAAGUGAACGUAAUGAAUCCCAGAAGUUGAUUAUUUACCAAUAACAGUGCACAAUGUCAUGUUUAAUCUCCUUAUUCAAAGGAGCUUAAGCUAGUAAUUUGCAUAUUGCAUUAAUGCUGAGGAGGACAUGAAGGUUAAUUAAUAAACCUUAGUGAAUUAAUUUCAUCUCUUGCAAUAAUUCAUCAUAUAGAUAUCUGUAGGGCUAUUUAAUCCAACAGAAAAUAAAAUCAUGUGUGAGAUUUUGGAUAAUGAGGGGGUUAAAAAGAGGUGCUGAUGACAAUACAAGAAAUGCUUGCGCUUUUUAUAGAGAUGUAUUAUGGUUUGCUGAGUAAUCAUGCCCAAAUACGCUUAUUUCAGUCAUCUUAGUCCAUCCUUUUGUGUUAAAAGCUGUGAGUGAAUGUCGAUUGUGCAAACAAUAUUAUAAUGAAUAACAUUUUUUUGAAUUGUGCAAUAGGUAUCACGUCUAUUCAAAUAAAUAUUUUGACAGAAAUGUCCUGAUUUUGUGGAUUUAUAUCUUUUAAAUUUCUUUUGCUGGCAUGCUUAUGUAUUAACAUCAUGAUAAAGUUAAGCCUACUAUUAUUAAUGAUAUUUAAAAUAACAGGUUUCUAUUUUCUGCUGGGGACAAAG